GAGAGGCAGGAAGAGUGAAGGGAGAGACGUGCUCUUGGGAUGGGAAACGAAGAAGGAAUAUGGGAAGCAAAAAGAGAAGAGGAGAGCUUUACAGAACAGCAUGAGGAAGAGAGGAAUGGCAUGUAGAAAAACGUGAAGUAGGUGCUUCAGAAAGUUGUUUUAAGAUUCAAAAACAGAAAUCCACAUGUGAGUGCAGCAGGGCUGGGCAGGAGGUGUUUUUAAGGAGCGUGUUUUCCAGCGAAGGGCAGAGUAUCCUUCCCUCCUGUCCCUGUAGACGGGCUGAACGAGAGCCAGGAAAAGGGGGAGGGCCUCCGUCUCCUCCUCUCCAGCUGACAAAAACAGCUACCCAGGAGCGUGCUCCGACAGCAGAGAGGAGAAGGGAGGCCAGACGGACAGAGUCCUGGAGCCGCAGUCUACCUUUAUGGGUUGCGUCCUGAGCUCGGACUGGUGCGGGGUAGGAGAGGUGCAAGCGGUGCCGGUGGUCCGAAACUCAUCACUGAAGAGAAGGAGUCUGGAGAGGAGAAGGAGUCUGGAGAGGAGAAGGAGUCUGGAGAGGAGUGACAGAAGCAGCAGGAUGAGGCUGACAAAGGCUGGAAAAGGAGAGCCUCACGUGUUCAAGGAAAAGACUUUUAAGAAGAAGCGGCAGUGCAGCGUGUGUCAACAGAACAUCGACAACGUGGGCUCCUUCUGCAGAGUAUGCAAAACAGGCACUCACAGGAAAUGCGAGGUGAAGGUGGCCUCUGCAUGCAUCCCAGCUCCCUCCACUGAUCUGCAACGCAGAGGGACAGCUCCUUCUCGACACAUCCAGCACAUGGGCUCUACCAAGUCUCUGAACUACACCAAACAGAGAAACACUCUACCGCGGAGCUUUAGCAUGGAUCGCGUGAUGGAGCGCAACUAUGACUUUGACCUGACGUACAUCACCGAGAGGAUCAUUUCCGUCUUCUUCCCUCCAAAACUGGAGGAGCAAAGAUACCGGCUUAACCUGAAAGAGGUGGCCGCCAUGCUCAAAUCCAAACAUCAGGACAAGUUUCUGCUCCUUAAUCUCUCAGAACGACGCCAUGACAUCACUCGACUGAACCCAAAGGUCCAUGACUUUGGCUGGCCCGACCUCCACGCUCCUCCGCUGGAUAAGAUCUGUGCCAUAUGUAAAGCUAUGGAGACCUGGCUGACCUCUGACCCCCAGCACGUGGUGGUCCUACACUGCAAGGGCAACAAAGGGAAAACGGGUGUGAUCAUUGCAGCCUACAUGCACUACAGCAAGAUCUCUGCAGGGGCGGACCAGGCUCUCAGUACUCUCGCCAUGAGGAAGUUCUGUGAAGAUAAGGUGUCCUCUUCCCUCCAGCCAUCCCAAAACAGGUAUAUCUAUUACUUUGGAGGUCUUCUCUCUGGGGCGAUAAAGAUGAACAGCAGCCCUCUUUUCCUCCAUCAAGUCCUCAUCCCAUCACUCCCCAACUUCCAGGAGGAAGGAGGUUAUUACCCAUUCUUGAAGAUCUACCAGUCCAUGCAGCUGGUCUACACGUCAGGCAUUUAUGAUCUCCAAGGUAGUGGGGGCAGACGCCUGUGUGUGACCAUCGAACCAGCGCUGCUGCUGAAGGGUGACAUUAUGGUGAAAUGCUACCACAGGCUGGUGCAGAGUGCCGACAGAGACACGGUAUUCAGGGUGCAGUUCCACACCUGCACCAUCCACGGAUCCCAGCUCUGGUUUGGCAAAGGGGAGCUGGAUGGAGCGUUUACAGAUGAGCGUUUUCCAUCCGAUGCCACCGUGGAGUUCGUAUUCUCCUCUGGACCUGAGAGAAUCAAAGGUCGUGAGUAUCACAAGAAUGACCCGGCUGUCAUUGUCGAUUACAACACUUCUGACCCGGUGGUUCGUUGGGAUUCCUACGAAAACUUCAAUCAGCGCUACCAGGACAGCCUAGAGGAUAUUGCCCACACCAGAGGUCCUCUAGAUGGCAGUCUCUAUGCUCAAAUAAAGAAGCGCCGAGGUCCAAACUCUGGUCCUCUUACCUCAGCUAAUGGCAACAGUCCAGGGGGAGCCCUUACAGAAGAUAGACCUGAUCACUCAAGCUUUUCGGCCCAUUCCCUCCAUCUGAAUCAAUCAUGCAUCCAUUCUGACCACCCGGAGGAGCCUGUCCGUCCCCCGCCACCAACAAGGCAAGAAAGGGAGGAGCUUGAACGUCUCCUUGGUGGAAUUGAGGGAAACCAAGAUGGAGAGCGAGAGACCGCCAUUUUGGACGACGGGGAUUCCUGGCCAUCAGAGAGAGCUGGCACUCUGAGGCUUGGACGGUCAUGUUCAUGCCGGGAUGGUUACCGGUCCCAGCGCUGUGCUGAGCCGGGCUGUGACCGUACCCUCCUCAUGCCAAAUGGCUACUGCCUUGAUCGAGCACCUGGCACUAAUGGGCACCAUGGGGCAACCCCUUCAGCCAGUCCAAAUGCUACUAGCCCUCUGUCACACAUGGACAUGUGUCAACAUUACAGCCCACACACCCACCAGUCCCUUGCACCCCCAGAUCUAGUGUGGGAUCGUCAGAGUGGCCCACCUCACUACCUGCACCGAACCUGCUCAGAUGCACCAUCAACUCGACACAUCUGUCCAUACCCAUCAUCGGACCUUACCCCUCACCCUCACAAUCAUUUACACCACCCUAUGGCAUCCCCUGGUCGUCAAUGCUGUCGUGAGGACACACCUUUUCACCAUCCUCCACCCCCUCACAGCAUCCACAACCUCUCACACCACCCAAAACCCUCCACCAGCCCAACCUACCAAGACAUUAUGCUGGUGGAUGGUUUUCCGCCCCGUGGCUGUGCCUGUAGGGACUGCAGCAUGAGGAGGGAAGAAUCCUCUGCCUAUCACGGUCUGAGGCUGGACCGUGGUGACAGCUUCCACUGGGACCGGGAGGCGGAACUUCAACAGAGGGAGACGGGGCUUAGGAAGGCCAGGAAGACUGAGUUACCAAGAGCUUCAGAGCUCCACUGGGAGUGGGAUCCUGGGCUCAGACGAGGCAGAGAGCUGUCCCUCCACUGGGAGCGCAACAGGGAGGAAGAGCUGCAGUGGGAGAGAGACCGAGAGGCUGAAUACUGGCACAGGAGGGCCACUGUAGCUUCCCACGGCCCACAGGGACACGAACUCCAAGCAUUCACCUUUGAUCCAUUGCCAUCAGGUCACCCAGCGUAUCCAGAAGCAUCAAGGUCCCACGCUCAUUCUCACCUGGAUCUGAAGUACAGCAGCAGCAGCAGUGGCUACCAAACACCACGUCAGGUGUGUCCCUGUUCACCGUAUCAACCUUCGCCAUCUGAAAGCAGGGGCUAUGCCUCCGGCUACCAGUCUGAGUCCACAUCUCCACUGCCUCCCAACUCCUCCAUGAUGGGACCUUGUAGCCAUAGCAAUGGGCCUGCAGACCAUAACCAACAUCACCACCCUCCUGACUCACAGCAGUCCUACAGCUCCGACUCACACACUGAUGGCCUUCGUAGUUCUGGUGAAAGUGUGGGCUGGAGGGAUCACAUUACCCAUGGCUCCUUUAAGAGGGUUCACAGAGAUGGUCAAGUUGCUUGCUCCACACCAUCUGACAUGUCUGGACCUCCCACUCCUGUCCACACCAGUAGCCCUCUUCGUACACAGGAGAGCCCCAGUCCCGAAGGGAAAGAGUGUGGCAUCCGGACCACAGACAUAAUCGGCAGCGACAGCGAGGCCUCCCCGGACCAAGACCUAGACAGACCCAUUUGUAACUACAUCAGUGCAGAUCAGCCAGGAAGCCCCAAAACUAGCAAAGAGCAGUCCUCUUUUUCACUUGCCCAAAAUGCACAAACAGCCACACCUUUACAGACUGAAUCACCCAAUCACUGCAGUGCACCUACAGAAGCUCCUCCCACCACACCCCUCCAGCAGCACUGUAGCACAAACACGCCUGUAGACUCAUCUCUUGACAUUGUGGCACCUGUCACAUCAAACCAAGAGGGCUGCCAGGUUCCCUCUUCACCAGUCCAUGCUUCAUCAUCACUAGAUACACACCCCCUAUCGGGUACUCCCUCUACCCAAAACCUCCAGCCUUCUGAAGCCGCUGCUGAACCUGCUACCGUGGCAAACCUGUCUCACACCCAAACCCAGACAAAUGGUUCUGAAGUAUCAAGCUCAGCACCACUCAAUGGUUCUUCUCCAACAAAAACUCAACCAGACAUCACCAAACCCAACUCCGACCUCUCCUAUGCUCCAGCACCAUCUUCCCCGCAACCUGGAACAGGCAGCAUGGAUGGGUCUCCGGUUUCCGAUUCCCCAGUUCCAGGGUUUGCCACCCUGGGCAGGAGGUUAAUGUUAGGUGGGUCAGAGCCAAACCACUCAAAUUACCAGCAGCACCACGGACCUCUACAUCCCCACUACACAGCCAUGGAGCAAAGUGCUGCUCUGGACACUAACAAGAGGCACUGCUAUUCUGGUCCCAUGCCACAACUCCACCCAGCCUCCUACUCCAACUACUCCACCAUCUCCAUCCCUCUCCCUCACCCACAGCCACCUUUACCAGAGAAACGACAUCAUCCUGCCCAACCUGGUUCUCCCAGUGAAGGGCUGAGGCCAGCCGGACUGCAUGUGCCUCCCUCCAAUUCCCAACAUCAUGUCACAUUUUCUCCAACUGUUGGGGAAAUUGCACCUCCUGCUGGUCAAAAUGUUGCAACAUCUACGGAGGGUGAGAUGGUGAACAGGGUCAGCAUUAAGUUUGUCCAGGACAGUUCAAGGUUCUGGUACAAAGCAGGUAUCUCCAGAGAGCAAGCAAUCGCAGCUCUGAAGGAGAGAGAGCCUGGAACUUUCCUGAUCAGGGACAGUAACUCCUUCCAGGGGGCCUACGGUCUGGCCCUGAAGGUCGCUACACCUCCACCCAAUGUUACCCACAACAGCAAAGUAAAUGAUCCUCUAGAGCAGCUGGUGAGACAUUUCCUGAUAGAGACAGGCCCUCGAGGAGUCAAAAUCAAAGGGUGUCAAAAUGAGCCUUACUUUGGGAGUUUGUCUGCACUAGUCUAUCAGCACUCCAUCACACCCAUCUCUUUACCCUGUGCUCUCAAAAUCCCUGAAAAAGAUCUGAUUGGAGAGGUAUCGGAGGUUCAAGCAGUCAGUAACAUCAGCACGGCUGCAGACCUACUGAAACAAGGAGCUGCCUGUAACGUCCUCUAUCUGAAUUCCGUGGAAACCGAGUCCCUGACUGGCCCCCAGGCAAUCGCCAGGGCAACAGAUGCCACGCUGGGUCGUAACCCGCGUCCGUCAGCCACCGUGGUCCAGUUUAAGGUGACAUCACAGGGAAUCACGCUGACUGACAGUCAGAGAAGAGUUUUCUUUAGGAGACAUUAUCCAGUAAACAGCGUAACCUUCAGCAGCAUCGACCCCAAGGACAGAAGGUGGACUAACUCCAACAACGCUGUUAAGGUGUUUGGUUUUGUAGCCAAGAAGCCAGGAAGUGUGGUCGAGAACGUCUGCCACCUGUUUGCAGAGUUGGACCCCGAGCAGCCCGCCUCUGCCAUCGUCAACUUCAUCAACAAGGUCAUGCUGGCGCAGCGCCGAUGAAAAGAAACAGAAAAGCCCGAUACCCGGACCAUGGCAGGGACGUCACCGUGCAAGACAAGGAUUGUUAGAGGUUCUGAAAUAUACAUUUGUUUACUUUCCAACGGGUGUGAAGAACCACAACUCUUCCCAGAAGAAGGACGCUUCAGAGGAAAGUGUUUAUCCAGGGCUGUUGUCAAAAAGCAAGAUUAAGUAAGCUCACUUUAGAUUUUAGGUAUCAAAAAGUGAUCAACGUCGGGUGGAAAUAAAGAAACACAAACCUGUAAACAAACAUGAAAGGACGAUUUCUGGUCUUUGGGGAUAUAAUUAUUAUUUUUUUUUGGGGGGGGGGGGGGGGGGUUAAUGCUAAUUAAUGAGAAAAAUCCCAUUCAGAAUAUAAUCAACAUCCCAUAAACCCUGCUGGAAUAUCCAAACUCACGCUACAGGCGGUUUGUAAUAAAGCUCCACUUCUCUUCCAUGAAAACUGACCAGUUUCACUGCAGCCAACUUUCCAUGACAACCGCCGUUUGGUUGACUGAAUCCAAAGCCGAGCUUGCUUUCCGAAAUACACUCCUGACUAAAUCCCGUUUCACGCUUCUGCUGGCCAAGUCGGAACAGAUCCGACCUUGGUGUCAAAGACUGGUUUUAUUUUCUUAACCGUUUUGUACAAAUUAAAGAACAGAGAGAGUUGAACAUUUAGAGCUGCCUUUAAGAAGCCACAGGUGUUUAUAUUUUGUAUUAUUCUAAAAAUACUUUUUUGUGAGAGUUCAAUGGACCAACGUUUGUUUUGUAAUUAACUUCCUGUAUGUAGAGAUGCUCAGGUAUUCUCAGUUUUAACAGUGUUUAACACCUUUAAUCAUAACCGACAAUCGUGCUUGGAAUACACUCAGAGGCCAAAGACGUGUGUGUGUAGGGGGUGGGGCAAAAUGAGGUGGACGGACUGUGUAAAAAAAAAAAUACUGAAAAAAGAUCUCAGAACACACACAUGCACACACACGCUUUAACCAAAGACGUAGCACUCUUGUAUUCAUAAGCUUUUUAUCAAGCUAUAUUUUUGUACUCAUUAUUGCUUCUUGUACUUUUCACUUACGUAGUCGAGUCUUAGCCGGUAGAAAACACGAGUCGUAUGACAGCAAUAAUAUAUUGUCUGUUUUCAUUGGUAAUAUAUUUUCUCAAGCAGCUGUGGGUCAGUGUGAGACAGAAAAAGGAAUCUCAUGUUCUAAUGGAAAGGUUAUGAUGCUGUUUUGUAUACAAGAAAUAAAAACACAUUAAGAAAA